AUGACACCAGAGGGGAAAAGUCCCAGAGGGGCACCGGUAGCCCCUCCUGAUGGAGGCUGGGGAUGGAUGGUUGUGGCCGGCUGCUUCCUAGUCACCAUCUGCACCCGUGCUGUCACUAGAUGUGUGUCAAUCUUCUUUGUGGAGUUCCAGGUGCACUUUGGUCGGGACUACUCUGGCACGGCCUGGAUACACUCGCUAGUCGACUGCACCACCUUCCUCUUUGCUCCUCUUGGCAGCUUCAUUGGGAACCGUCUGUCCACCCAAGCCACUGUGAUCAUGGGAGGUGUCCUGUCCUCUGCCGGCCUGAUCCUCAGCUCCUUUGCCACCAGUCUGGAGUACCUCUACCUCACCUUGGGCGUCCUCACAGGGUUGGGAUUUGCCCUCAGCUACACUCCAGCGGUGGCCAUGGUUGGGUCCUAUUUCAACGAGAGGAAAGCACUGGCCUAUGGGAUGGCAAUGUCUGGGACUGGGAUUGGGACCUUCAUCCUGGCACCUGCUGUGCAUCUCCUGAUUGAACAUUACUCCUGGAGGGGGGCCUUGCUGAUUCUGGGAGGGUUUGUGUCCAACCUGUGUGUCUGCGGGGCCCUUAUGAGGCCCCUGGUGCCUAAAGGUAGAGGACAGAGGUGGCACAAGACAGCAGAGCUUGAGAAUGGGUAUGCCAUCCCACCGGUUCUGGCUGGCCUGGCUGCCCCUGGGCCAAUUGGUCCCCUGGCGGGGCCUAAGCUGGGAGGGUGCCUCUGUCUUCAGUCAAUGGAGGAGUUUAGCUUCCUGCUGAUGCCUGACUUCAUGCUGCUGUCCGUGUCCUUCCUGUUCCUGGCGUACGGCUGCAGUGUGCCCUUUGCCUAUCUGGUGCCUUAUGCCCUCAGUGUGGGCGUGGAGCACCAGCAGGCUGCCUUCCUCAUGUCCAUCCUGGGGGUCACCGGAAUCGUAGGAAACAUCACGUUCAGCUGGCUCACUGACAGGAAGUGUGUGAAGAAGUACCGGAAAGUGAGCUUCAUGUUUGCUGUGGGUAUGGAGGGUCUCUCCUGCCUCCUGAUUCCUCUGCUACGUUCCUUCACCCUGCUGGUGCCUUUCUCCAUGCUCUAUGGCUAUUUUGAUGGUGCCUACUCUGCCCUCAUACCAGUGGUGACGUCUGACUUGGUGGGCUCAUCGUACCUAUCCUCAGCCCUGGGUGUGGUCAACUUCUUACAUGCCAUACCCUACCUGGUUAGCCCACCAAUAGGAGGCUGGUUGGUGGACUGGACUGGUGACUAUACUGCAGCAUUCUUCCUCAGUGGAUUCUCUCUUAUCCUCAGCUCACUCUUUCUGGCUACUGUCAUGCUGAUCCAACGAUGCUGGGGACCACAAACAUUCUCCACCAGCGAUGCCGAUUCAACGUUCGCCUCCUUGAAGAAUGGCCAAAUGGAUCUACCAACGUACAAGGCAGCACAUGACGAACCAAAGCUAGCAGGGACCGUCCCUGCAUGUUGA